AUGGCUCCACCAGAAAUUGGUAAUGAUGAAAUCCCAUUACAAGAAUUUGGACAAAAAUCAUUUGCAGCUGAUAAUACAAUUGGCGGAAUGCAAAGUAUUUCAUAUGAUAAUUCGGGUGCUCCAAUGGGUUUAUAUAAAGAAAAGAAAGGAAUGUAUGUCACCGCUAGAAAUUUAAGUAUGUCUAUUGGUACUGAAAAGAAAGGUGAUAAAAGAAAUAUUUUAUCAGAUUUAAAUUUUUUCCUUAAACCAGGUUCAAUGGUUUUAAUUUUGGGUUCUCCAGGUUGUGGUAAAACCUCAGUUAUGAAAGCAUUGGCCAAUCAAUUACAUUCUGAAACUGUAUCUGGUAGUUUAUUAUUUAAUGGUAAAGCUGCUAAUAAAAGUACUCAUCAUAGAGAUGUUGCAUAUGUUGUACAAGGUGAUCAUCAUAUGGCUCCAUUCACAGUUAGAGAAACAUUUAAAUUUUCAGCCGAUCUUCAAAUGAGUGAAGGUACAUCUGAAGAAGAAAAGAACGCAAGAGUUGAUUAUAUUUUAAAGACUUUGGAUCUUACUAGACAACAAGAUACAGUUGUUGGUAAUGAAUUUUUAAGAGGUGUAUCGGGUGGUCAAAAGAAAAGAGUUACAAUUGGUGUUGAAAUGGUUAAAGAUGCUGGUUUAUUUUUAAUGGAUGAACCAUCAACUGGUUUAGAUUCAACUACUACUUUAGAAUUAAUGAAACAUUUUAGAGAAUUAUCAAAUGUAAAUCAAGUUUCAAGUUUGGUAGCAUUAUUACAACCAGGUGUUGAAGUUACAAAAUUAUUUGAUUUCUUAAUGAUUAUGAAUGCUGGUCAUAUGGUUUAUUUUGGACCAAUGUCAGAUGCAAUUUCAUAUUUUGAAGGAUUAGGAUUUAAAUUACCAAAACAUCAUAAUCCAGCAGAAUUUUUCCAAGAGAUUGUUGAUGAACCAGAAUUAUAUUUUGAAGGUGAAGGUGAACCACCACUUAGAGGUGCCGAAGAAUUUGCAAAUGCAUACAAGAAUAGCGCAAUGUUCCAAAGUAUUGUAAAUGAUUUAGAUAACACUCAACCAGAUUUAACAUUUUGUAAAGAUAGUUCACAUCUUCCAAAAUAUCCAACACCUUUAUCCUAUCAAAUUCGUUUAGCAAGUAUUAGAGCAUUUAAAAUGUUAAUUUCAAGUCAAGUUGCCGUUAGAAUGAGAAUUAUAAAAUCGAUUGUAAUGGGUUUAAUUUUGGGUUCACUCUUUUAUGGUUUAGAUUUGAAUCAGACCGAUGGUAAUAAUAGAUCGGGUUUGAUUUUCUUUUCAUUGUUGUUUAUUGUUUUCUCGGGUAUGGGUGCCAUUGCAAUUCUUUUCGAACAAAGAGAGGUGUUUUACAUACAAAAAGAUGGUAAAUACUACAAGACAUUUGCAUUCUUUUUAUCAUUAAUCUUUUCUGAAAUUCCAAUUGCACUCUUAGAGACUGUGGUAUUUUGUGUUUUGGUUUAUUGGAUGUGUGGUCUACAAGCGAAUGCAGAGAAAUUCAUUUACUUUUUAUUAAUGAAUUUCGUUGGUGAUUUGGCUUUCCAAUCUUUCUUUAAAAUGGUUUCAGCUUUUGCUCCAAAUGCAACCUUGGCUUCAGUUAUUGCACCAGCUGCAUUGGCUCCAUUCAUUUUGUUCUCUGGUUUUAUGGCACCAAAAAGAAGUAUUGGUGGUUGGUGGAUUUGGAUUUAUUGGAUCUCACCAAUUAAAUAUGCUUUUGAAGGUCUCAUGUCAAAUGAACAUCAUGGUUUAAUUUAUAGCUGUGAUGAUAGUGAAACAAUCCCACCACGUAAUACUCCAAACUUUGAAUUACCAUAUCCAAGAGGUUCUGGAAAUUCUUCAAUUUGUCAAAUUACUAGAGGUGAUCAAUUCCUUGAUCAAUUAGGUAUGCCACAAAAUAAUUGGUUCAAAUGGAUCGAUUUGUUAAUUGUUUUUGCAUUUGGUGCACUUUUCUCUUUUGGUAUGUACUUCUUCCUCAAGAAUGUUCAUGUCGAUCAUAGAGCAUCUGAUCCAAAGAAUGAUAAACGUUCUAAAAAAGCCUCAAAGAGAUCAAAGAAAAUCAAGGAUUCCAAAGUUGAUAUCAAAGAAAAUCGUAUGGUAAAAGCUCAAAAAGAAAUUCCAAUUGGUUGUUAUAUGCAAUGGAAAGAUUUGGUUUAUGAAGUUGAUGUAAAGAAAGAUGGUAAAAAUCAACGUUUAAGAUUAUUGAAUGAAAUUAAUGGUUAUGUUAAACCGGGUAUGUUACUUGCUUUAAUGGGUCCAUCAGGUGCUGGUAAAUCAACAUUAUUAGAUGUUUUAGCUAAUAGAAAAACAGGUGGUCAUACUAAAGGUCAAAUUUUAAUCAAUGGUCAAGAAAGAACUAAAUAUUUUACUCGUCUCUCUGCAUACGUUGAACAAUUUGAUGUUCUUCCACCAACUCAAACUGUUAAAGAAGCAAUUUUAUUCUCUGCUAAAACUAGAUUACCAAGUGAUAUGCCAAAUGAAGAGAAAAUUAAAUUUGUUGAAAACAUUAUUGAAACUUUAAAUUUAUUAAAGAUUCAAAAUAAACAAAUUGGUCAUGGUGAAGAAGGUCUUUCAUUAUCACAACGUAAACGUGUUAACAUUGGUGUUGAAUUAGCAUCAGAUCCACAAUUGCUCUUCCUUGAUGAACCAACCUCUGGUUUAGAUUCAUCUGCUGCCUUGAAGGUAAUGAAUUUAAUUAAAAAGAUUGCAUCAAGUGGUCGUUCAAUUAUUUGUACAAUUCAUCAACCAUCAACUUCAAUUUUCAAACAAUUUGAUCAUCUUUUACUCUUAAAGAGAGGUGGUGAAACUGUUUACUUUGGUCCAACUGGUGAUAAGAGUGCUGAUUUACUUGGUUAUUUUGAAAAUCAUGGUUUAAUUUGUGAUCCAUUAAAGAAUCCAGCCGAUUUCAUUUUAGAUGUAACCGAUGAUGUCAUUGAAACCACACUCGAUGGUAAACCACAUCAAUUCCAUCCAGUUCAACAAUACAAAGAAUCACAAUUGAAUAGUGAUCUUUUGGCCAAAAUUGAUGCUGGUGUUAUGCCAGUUGGUACACCAGUACCAGAAUUCCAUGGUGUUUAUUCCUCAUCCUAUCAAACUCAAUUCGUUGAAUUGGGUAAACGUUCUUGGUUAGCACAAGUACGUAGAGUUCAAAAUAUUCGUACUCGUUUAAUGCGUUCACUUUUCUUGGGUGUAGUUUUAGGUACACUUUUCGUUAGAAUGGAAGAAACUCAAGAGAAUAUUUAUAAUCGUGUCUCAAUUCUUUUCUUCAGUCUUAUGUUUGGUGGUAUGUCUGGUAUGUCUUCAAUUCCAAUCGUUAAUAUGGAACGUGGUGUUUUCUAUCGUGAGCAAGCAUCUGGCAUGUAUUCAAUUCCAAUUUAUCUCUUCACUUUUAUCGUUACCGAUUUACCAUGGGUUUUCCUCUCUGCUAUUAUUUAUACAGUUCCAAUGUACUUUAUCUCUGGUCUUAGAUUAGAUCCAAAUGGUGCUCCAUUCUUUUACCACUCCUUCAUCUCAUUCACAACUUAUUUCAAUUUCUCAAUGUUGGCAAUGGUUUUCGCAACUGUACUUCCAACCGAUGAAAUUGCUCAUGCCUUGGGUGGUGUAGCACUUUCAAUCAGUUCUUUGUUCGCUGGUUUUAUGAUCCCACCAGCUUCAAUCGCUAAAGGAUGGCAUUGGUUCUACCAAUUGGAUCCAACUACUUAUCCAUUGGCAAUCGUUAUGAUUAAUGAAUUCCAAGAUUUAGAAUUCCAUUGUACAAGUAGUGAAUCAGUCACUAUACCUAAUGUUCUUACAGUUAAUGGUACUUAUAUUGAUGUUGGCCCAAUUUGUCCAAUUACAAAUGGUAAUCAAAUUUUACAACGUUAUGAAAUGAAACCUGAAGAUAAAUAUAAAUUCUUGGCUGUUAUUUUUGGUUAUUCAGUCUUUUUCUUCAUUUGUAUUUUUAUAGCUUUGAAAUUUAUUAGACAUCAAACUAAAUAA